ACACGGCUUCACGGGAGGGCCAGUAACAAAGGCAGGGGCAGCGACUGGUUGGAUAAUUCAUCCAGCUGGCUCCACCCAGGCUACACCUGGGUUCAGAGGAGCCUCUGGCGGAAAGUCCCCCAGAGACUGCAAGCAGCACGGCCUGGUUCUCCCAGCGGGGAACAAGCCAGACCCUCCUGCGCACUGGGUCCGCUGGAAUUCACCGGGAGGCUGCAGAAUGACGUCCAUGUUUUGGUCCAGUUCAUCCCGUCCUCCCAUGGGACAGGGGAGAGAAAUGGCUGCAGAGGAACCCGUUCAGGGGCCGGUGACCUUCGAGGAGGUGGCUGUGUAUUUCACCAGGGAACAGUGGGCUCUGCUGGACCCCAUUCAGAGAGCUCUCUACAGAGAUGUCAUGCAGGAGAACUAUGAGAUUGUGACCUCGCUGGCAGGGUUUCCUGUUUCCAAACCUGAUGUGAUCUCCCAGCUAGAACGAGGGGCAGAGCCAUGGCUCCUGGAUCUCCAGGGCUCUGAGGAAGGAGAUAUCCUGAGAGCUGCCUGUGCAGCAGGUGCUGGGAUGGUGAGUGAGAAAGAGGAGCAGAAUCCUCAGCAGGAAGAUGCUGAGCACAUGGAAGCACAUGGGGGAUUAUCGCAAGGAUCCCAAGGGAAUGUAUCCAGGCGUCAUGUGCAGGGAAAAGCCUCUGAUUGCCAGCACAGGCCAGAGAGGCAGCAGGGAAACCAGCCAGGUCACCUUCUCUGGGGUGAAUCCCAUGGUCCUUUCUACCAACUCCCUUCUCCAGCGAGUCUUGGGAGUGUGUGUCCCUCCUGCCAGGAGUUUCCAUCAGCCCGAGAAGCUCAAGUGCAGUUCACUCACCAGGAGAGGAUGCUCCGGGCCAUCGGGCGUGCUACCAAGGAAACAGUAGUGGAUUUAGGGCUCCGCUCUGAAAUAGUGAACAGCACACCCCAAAUUGUGCAACUAACUGAAGUAACUGGAUUCUGAAGUACACCAUAACUCCAAUGCUGAGGUGGGAAAAAGUGUGAGAGAAAUAGUGUACAGGAGAACACAGACCCAGACGUCAGUUAUUUCAAAUGGAAUUUGUUUUGACAAGCUCUAAAGUAAAAUUACUUAAGGAGACAAGCUGUGUAACCUUGUACCCCAUUAGACUGAAUGGAUCACUGAGUUCCCCUCUUCUCUGCAAAGCGAAGAUGUACAAUGUCUGUCAGGAGAAGCCCAUGGUUCUUUUUAUGAAUGGCAAUGGAUGCAUGAGCUAAUAGGUAGUUUUUCUGUUAUUUUUUAUGGGAGCUGAAACCCCUUUUCCUUUUUUGAGGAAGCUCAUGGUCACAGUUCAGUCUUUUAACCCUCAAGCCAGGUAUGGAAACCUCCCCACAAUGGUCCUUGGAUUUCUUUUAUUUUGGAGAUCUUUGGGCUUCAAACCUCCACAGUGCAUGUGGUUCGCAGCAAUCAAUAGUUUAAGAAAACUGCUGGGUGAAGUGGGACUCUUCCAAACUGACGAUAGCCCAAAGUCUGCCUCGUGUGAAAUGGAUCAGGCUAUGGUGUCUGUAACCAAGGCGUCCUUCACUCCUCAUUUGCCUGUAGACUUCAGGCAAGUGACUGUAAUGCGUGAUGAGCUGGAAUCCUCAACCAUGAACACCAAGGUAAAGGUGGAAGCCCUUUUGCACAAGGAACCUGUCUAAGAAAGAUGGACAUUCCAGGACUCCCAGACUGAUCCCCUCUGAGGAAGGAAGUUAUAACAUCAGCACCAGGCUGUGCCAGCCUUGACCUGUCUCCUCGUACCUGAGAGCUUGCGAAUGUGGAGUACUGAGCCGGCGACCCCAUCGCCUGGCUCCUUGACUGCAGCUCUACCUCCUACUCCAUGGGAGUCUAAAGAGCUGCAGCGUUGGAAUCACAUGUCAAUUUCAAUAUCUGAUUGGUACUUAUUCUAUUUUUCAGACUUUGUUUUUGUCAACUGGGUGUCAUCCCAGCCUUCCUAUUCUACUCCGGUGGUACAGUGGGGCUCAGUGCGUGCACGUGUGCAUGAAACCUGUCACAUCCACACAACAAAGGAGCUAAAACGAAUAAUUCUCAAGUAUAAAUAACCCUAAAAUGCUGCCCUACGAAGUGAUUGAACAUGUGCUCCUCGUUCUGUGAAAGAGGUCAAAGAACCUGAGCUGUCAGAUACAUACCGUUAAAAAUCUGCGUAUUAAGGUUUUUAUCUGUGGAAGCCACUGGGAGAAGGUUAGCCAUACACUGGUGAGAUCUAAGGCGGGAGCUCUGAAGUUGUGGCUUAAAUAUGAACAAUAAAUUGGUGUUAGUGUUAAUAUA